AUGGAUAUUUACAAACAAAAUGUUACUGUUUCGACACGAAGAGCUCAAACUCAAAUGACUAAAGUUUUGAUUUUUCAGGUACAUUCUUAUUUCUGUAGCUACUCAAAUGCAUUUUUAAAAAGAUUUAGUAUACUGUAGCUUUAAAGUAAAAAAAUUUUUGACAUUUUAAGUUUUUCAAGUUAAAUAUUCAAAAUAACUUUUUUUUAGGCUUCUUACCCAUUAACACUAUGCAUUCCAUUAGUUAUCAUAGUCACAGCUACAAUGUACGGUGUGCAUUUGUUGGACAUGGCAACAAUUGGCGUCUCUUUGAUUCACGCACUUCCAACUUUAAAUGGUAUUAGCGUUAUCAUGUGUAUCCCAUCGUAUCGGACUAAAACUCUUGGGUUUUUAAAACAAAGGGUCGGCAUGACACUUUAG